UUGGGUCCAAUGGAGGAGAUGACAAAGAGGAAACAGCCAGCACAGGACGGAGACGACGAGGGCGGCGCCGCUGGAGGCCGAAGCGGGGACGAAGAGCACCGGGAGGUAACCGACGAAGAAGUGGAUGAAUUUUUCUCCGUUCUCCGGCGGUUGCAUGCGGCCUCGAAGAGCUUCGCUGGCAGAGGCGACCGCCGAGACAACAAGCGGAAGAAGAAGGUGAGGAGGGAAGAGGAGGAGGAAGCCAAGGCGGCUGCGAGGUGGCGGCCGAGGUUCACCUUGGAGGACUUCGAGGCUAUCGGAGAUGGCGGCGUCGUCGUCUCCGAUGGGGCGGCAAGUGGCUGCAGGACGGCGGCGGAGGACCCGAUCCGUCUGGACUUGGACUUGAACGCCGAGCCGGUCGUCGAAGACCGCGACUGGCAGCGUUGGUUGCGGUGACGUGACCGUUCAUGCAUGCACGCGCUUUCAUGGUCAAGUCACAUCCGAUGCUUAUCACUAAUUCCACAAAUAUUAAAGCAAAAUAAAUGUUUUUAUUUUGGAUCUAAUUCCACAAAUAUCCGACGCUUAUCUGUCAAUAUUUUCUCACGAUUCGACCCGAUAAUAUAUCUGUAUCUGUUGUUUUCGGAUCUAAUUCCGGACUCAGUCCG